AUGUCAACGGCUCUCCGUGCAUUCGAUUUCCUCAAACUCCGAACAGUCGCAUUCUCCCUUCCCCAGAACCUCUGCACCCAUCUCCAAAAUGUUUCACGAUCAACCCUCGCCCGCACGUCUGUCCCUUACACCCAAAGUUCCCUCACAAUCUGCGCCAUCCUGCUUCGACACGGUCUCAUUAGCAAUAUGACGCUAGGAGACCCAACUGCAGCUGAUCCCACAAAUUUCCGACGGUUAUCUCCCCCUCAGAAACGAAUAUGGCUUGGACUGAAAUACCGAAAUGGAAUCCCAGUCUUGCGUAAUAUGAGUCUCAUCAGCAAGCCGAGCAAACGUAUCUAUGCUACAAAGGAUGAAUUAGGCCGUAUAUUAACAGGGAGGCGAGCCGUGAACGUGGCCGGAGUAGGAAUCGGAGAGAUCCUGGUGGUCAAGACACCGGACACCCUGAUGGAGGGCUGGGAGGCAUGGAGAGCGGGAUUGGGGGGCGAGUUGAUAUUACGAUGCUCAUGA